CUAGUCACUUUAAAUUCAGUCAUUCUCAAAUUCAGACUUGUAGGAAAUUUAAAUUUAUGAGCUAAAAAUAAUGUAUAUGUUUUGUCAGAACUAGGAAAUUUGCCAUAUGAUGGAAUUGGCUGGGACAAUGACUUUCAUUUUUUUACAAGAGGACUUUUAGUUGCUUGGAAAAGUGGUCUCAGAAUAAAACUUGACGUUUCCUCAAGCCAGUGGUGAGCCCCCCUUCCCCACCCUUUUUUCCUUUAGUGGACCAAGUACAGUACCUGGUAAUGGGAUGAAUUUUCCACCUUUGGAGAAGGUGCAAUGUUUUCUUCCUUUGGAGGAAGUACAAUUUUGUACCCUGACGCUUAGUUGUGUUAAUGGACACAAAAACAUCCAUUUUGGGAUUAUCCACUUUUCCGCUGAAUUGUCUGUGUUGCUUCAACCCGGGACUUGUGGCCCAGGGACCCGAUGGUGUCGGUGGUAGGUGACACCAGUGACUUCCUUGCUUGUCAGCUCAGGGAGGUAUUAACACAGUUUCUUAGACAAACUUACAUUGAACAUAUGUCAAGGUUUAUUACUCAUUAAUGAGGCCAACAGAUAAAGUGUGCCCGUUUAAAAUGCCGCGGUUUAGGGCUGAUGGCUAUCUUCCCUCCCAGUCAUAAAGUGUCGUAUUUUAUUUAUCAUUGACAAGGUGAAGUUUGUGGCAUGAAUGGUUUGGGCCAUUUUCUGACGUGACCCAUUAUAUUCAGGAAUAACAAGUAAUAUAUCUGCAAAGCCACCGAUAAGCGGAUCGAUCUUUGGUUAUUAAUUAAAUGUGCCAAGGCGCACGGUUCUACGCACUCACGCGGAGCCCGCGCACCCGGAUGCCAAACAGGGGUCAAACAGAAGUCAGCUGCAGCGGCUUAGAGUCCUGCUUAUUCUCAAGCAGAUUUCUUCCAGCACGCCAUGAAAGAGGCUGAACAUAUGGUUUGCGGAGCUGUAAUUUCGGGGACAAAGUUCUUCUUUCACAGUGGCGGGAGGUGGAAGUGACUGGAACCCCUGUUACGUGGGACAGAUCGGCCCGCUCAAGGACACAAGGCUGAGGAUUGGGAAGGCUGAAAGGGAGAUAGAGCUCCGGGUGCCCUCUGUCGCCUGGCCACGCAGACGGCCAGCCUUAGAGCCUUGGAGCCUAGGGGUCGGGGAGGGGGGAGCUCAACAGCUGGGCUGCACCAGAGCGAAGCAGCAUGGACGCAGCCAGCCAGGUGCCUGCGGAAGUCGAGCUCCCCAAGCACAUCCUGGAUAUCUGGGUCAUUGUCCUCAUCAUCCUGGCCACCAUUGUCAUCAUGACCUCCUUGCUGCUGUGCCCGGCCACUGCAGUCAUCAUCUAUCGCAUGCGGGCUCAUCCUGUCCUCAAUGGGGCCGCCUGAGGUCUACCCAAGAGGGGCGGGGGGGUGGGGGGGGGGGGGAGAGCAGCACCCCCUCCCCCGGACUCUUCCCCUCUCAGAACAGCAGCAGGAGGGACUUUGGAGUAUAGAUCCUGGAGCUUGAUAUGUGAGGGGAGGCCCAAGUUCUGUUUUGGUUCUGCCACUGGCCAGCUGUGUGAGUUCCGCCAGGGGACCUGAUUCCAUGAGUUCCAAGUCCCUCAUCUUCCGGAUGGGGAUUGGGACCCCUGCCCUUCCUACCUCAGAGGGUCGUGGGAACCCAGGACUUGGGGGAGGCUCACGCUGUCCGGGAGCAGACACACAGAUGGUAUUGCUGAGUGCUGGGAAGCUCUGAAGAACCAAAGAACCUAAUGGCUGACGUUGGCCUUCAAGGUAGCGAGGGAGACGCUGGGGGCACAGGGGCCCUUGUCGGUGCCCCUCUGGUCACACCACUCAGAGGCACCCUGUCCUCCUUCCAAGGGGCCAUCAGCACACUGGUUCAAAGCUAUUUUCUUUGAGGUGCCAUUCCCUCGAGUUUUCUAACUUGGGAGGGAAUUGUGCAGGGGAGGAGAUGGGUGGAACUUUCCAGGACCUUCUCUGUGCCAGAGUCUGCCCCUGUGCAGUCUGGAGGGGGGCUCUGCCGUUUCUUGGCAAUGCCGAGGGAGCUGGGGCAACUCUGUCAUUCUGCUCUGGACUCGAGUAGCUUUGACACUCUGGCAGUGUUGGAAAACGCAGAGUGGCUGAGCUCCCUGGCCAGCUUUCUGGGUCUCCGGCCCCCUCCCCUUAUGUGCCCCACACCAGGGAGCUCUGUCCCUCCGCCCCAGCUCCUGCUACGAUUCACUCCAGGUGUGGCGUGCACCCCCUUUACUCCCUCCCACCAGCACUGCAACCCAUCCAAGGCACAGCCUUACAGCAUAAGAGAUGUUCCCAGGACUUUGGAAACCAACUCAAAACAAUGAUGGUUCUUUAGAUGCUAUGACUUAUAUUUAUAUAGAGAGAUUUCUGGACCACUCAAGCUCUUUGACCCAAAUCAGGAGCAUCUUGGGGUGUAUUAAAUUAUAUAAAAAGAUAGCACAGAUAUCAGGACACCAUAGUGUGUAAAUGAGGCUUUUACUCUGAUAUGAUCUCAUUGAUGUACACAACCAGUUAACAAUAAAGUGCUGGAACAAGCA